AUUCAUAAACAUAGGACACAAGGCUUUAUUGCAAGAAAGAAGGAGGUUUUAAUGGUAAAAAAUAAAACUUGAAAGUUGAAAUUGUUAAAAGACACUAUCUUGGGGUCUUAUUGGAAGAAAGAAGUAAAACCCAUCAUUUUUUACUCUCUGCUUUUUGCUUUACAAUCUCUUUACCAAACCCUAGCAAUCAUGAUCCCUCCUCCGCAAACCCCUACUGCCGCCGCUGGUAUAUCCAAAAGCCCUUCCAUGUCCUCCAAGAUCCCAUUUCGAGCCCGUAAAAUCAGAAGACUUUCGUCCAGCUCCGAUACUUCAAUUAAGAUCGGUAAAUCGCCAGAAUCCCCGAAUGCAGAGUCAUCAAUUUCUCCCAAAAUUAGAAAGUCGUUAUCUUGCAAAACCGAAAUUGACCUUGCUCUUGAGCAUCUCCGCAACUCAGAUCCCCUUCUCGCUGCCCUCAUCUCCGCCCAUCGCCCGCCGGAGCUCACUCCCUGCAUCUCACCGUUUCAAUCCCUGUCAAGAUCCAUUCUUUACCAGCAACUCGCCACCAAAGCCGCCAAAUCGAUCUACACCCGCUUUAUCUCCCUCUGCGGAGAAGAAUCCAGUGUCCUCCCAGAAACCGUCCUCUCUCUCACCCCACAAAAACUCCGUGAAAUCGGGGUCUCAGCUCGAAAGGCGAGUUACCUCCACGACCUCGCAGACAAAUACGCUACUGGGAUUUUGUCCGAUUCCUCGAUUCUCGAAAUGGACGAUGAUACUCUGAUUACAAUGUUGACUGCAGUGAAAGGGAUCGGAAUGUGGUCGGUGCACAUGUUCAUGAUGUUUUCGCUUCACCGGCCGGAUGUAUUGCCGGUGGGGGAUCUUGGAGUGAGGAAAGGCGUCCAGUCUCUUUACGGGUUAAAGCAGUUACCGAAGCCCCAACAGAUGGAAGAAAUUUGUGAGAAAUGGAAACCUUACAGGUCUGUUGGGUCUUGGUAUAUGUGGAGAUUAAUGGAAGCCAAAGCCACCGGAGCGACGGGUCCUUCCGCAGCAACGACAAGGGUAGAACCCUAGAAGUAGCUCAAAAUGGAGCAUUUUAAUCCUGUUGGAGUACAUGGAAGUUCUUGACCCAGAAUCAAUCAAAACUUGAAAUCAGUCUCUUCUUCAGGGUGUGAUUGGGUAAAGGUGAACUUCCCGGAAAUGUGUUUUGUGGGAAACCGAUUAGGAAUGCCAUCUUUUUUCUUUUUCUUUUUCUUUUUUUUUUUUUAAGAAAAAAAAAUGUUAUUA